CGAAAAAGGCCUUUAAAUAUUUUCUCUGCGCGCCUCGCCUUUCAAAAUUUUCUUCUUUUCCUUUCCUCAUCAUCAGUAUGGGUUAAAUCUACAUCGUCAAAUGUUUAUUUAAUUCAGAUGGAGGCUCCACUACGGUGGCUUGCUGAGGGUUAUCAUCUUAUUCUCUAUGGGUUUCCUUCCGUUCCCGGCCUCCUUUAUCAAUUUGAAAACGCUCUUCCUAAUCAGCCGCCGACGCCAGCUCUUCCUGGUUCGCGACUGUGGGGUGUUUCCUACAUUUCCUGUCGAGAUAUUUAGUUUUAUUGUUCGAUUUCCGAUUCUACGCAAUUAAUGGCUUCUGGGCUAUUUGAAUUGAAAAUAAAUCAUCGUAGUUGGCUAGGAAUUGCUGUAGAAAUAGCCUGGAAGAAGGCCACCGUAAAAAUUUGCAAAUAGCCAGCUUAUCAAGCGCAAGUAGAUAUCCAGACGUGGGAACUAGACUGUGUUUCGAGAAUUUUUCUGCGAAGUGGCUCGUAUGAGACCUUUCCCACAAUCGUGACUUAGUUUAACCCAGAACUACGUACGAGAUCACGAGAUGCAUGGGAAAUUUAUUACAAUCAUG